AUGGCACCCCAAACCUUCGGCCGCACCGCUCGGUCUGGCCCCGGCCAGUCCGUAGUUCACCAGCAGCCCAGUGACACCCAAGAAGUUGACCGAGCGCUGGAAGCCAUGAUCUCGUGCCCUACUGGCAGCAUCCGCACAAGAGCUCCGGUUGCCAGAGCCAAGGAGGUGCUGGAUAGCUUCCCUUUGGCUGUGGAUGUCGAUGGUUUGCCGCACGUGUUUCACCUGGGCUAUCACAGCAAGAAGAGCUUCGGAGCAGCAAGCUACUUUGUGGCAGGCAGAGCAGCAGGCGGUGCUUUGAACGUCAUGUUCGACUCCCCGCGUUUCUCGUCAAAGUUGGCAAGCUUGUUGGAAGAAGCUGGGGGGAUCGACUUCAUGGUACUGAGUCACAAGGAUGAUGUGGCGGAUCACAUCCAGUGGAAGAAGCGGUUUCCGGAGAUGCGGCGCGUGAUGCAUGUGGCAGAUGUGCGAGGGCCAGACGCUUGGCCCUACAUCGACAUGACGGAGAUUGAGGAGCAACUCAGCCACAGCGAGGGCUCCAUCACGUUGCUCGCGGCGGAGGGUUUCACGGGGGGCGAGGGCGUCGCCUUCACGGGCGACCACCUGGCGCUCAACGGGCGCCUGGGCCGCCUGGACGGCUUCGCCCGCUACUCUGAGGACCACGACCUGCAGGCAGAUUCCAUGCUGAAGCUCGCUGACGAGGACUUUCUGUGGAUCCUCCCGGGCCACGGCCGGCGCGUGCACUUUGCCUCGGCCACCGAGCGCCGGCAGCGCCUGCAGAAGGCGGCGGAGGAGUACCGAGAGGACCCCAAGGCGCCCGCAGUCAGCGGGGUCGGGCGGUUAAUUCAGUCAGGUGCCCUUGUCAACCCAUUUAAUAAUAAUGGAUUAGUAUUGUGGUCGAUAUAG